CUUUGUUGUGAAAAGUUUGAACCAGUAAACAUAAGUCGUCCCUGGAAAAGGUUUAUUUCAUUCCAAGAAAAAGGAACUUCUACUACCAAGCGCACGAAACCGAAAGCCUGGGCCAUAGUAACUUUCCAGCAGUUGGUACGUAUAAGCAUUAAGCCGUCUUCUAAAGGAGCUGAUGAGGCCUUCGUAAUCGGCUCUGCAGCAUUGCACCAGCUGCAGUCUUCAAUCGGAGACGAUCUUCUUAAGCGUGAGCCUGCUCGACAGGUUCCUCUCCAGAGGUUCUUUCAGAAGCGGAAGUCGCCUUCAGAUCCUCGGAAUCGCUUGCGCCACUCUGGCCACCAGGAUCGAAGAAAAUCAACCUCUCAACAGUAUUAGGAAUGAAGAGUUUCAGAUUGGGGACAAUUUGUACCGUCGGUGUGAAGUGGUGGCCAUGGAAUGGGUCAUUCUGGAUGUGCUGGAGUACGAAUGCUUCUCACCAACGACCUUGAACUUCUUGUGGUUUUACCUCAAGGCAGUAGAGGCCGAUGAAGAACUCGAAAGGCAUGCUAAGGUACUGGCCAUAAGCUCGCUCUCGCACCAUGAGCUGUUGUGCUUCUGGCCGUCGACCGUCGCUGCAGGCCUGGUUGUUCAGGCUUGCUCUGCCAAGGGACAACGCUCUGCAGCCGAGCGGAUUUUCGAGACUCAUGUACGAAGUAAAGAGGACUUGAACGACUUGGAGGAUUGCGUAAAGUUGAUAGGAUCACCGGACAAGCCAUUUCCCUGAAGGAGAAGCCCUCGGCUGCUCGUGUUUCCAUUUUGCUAUUUUGUUAAUUCUUCAGCACCAUAAAAUAAGCGGCUCCAGAAGGGGUAGUUUUUUUUUUUUUCUUACCAGCUUUUGGAGCCACAGUAAAUUGGGGCGGUGGUGCCGUAGAUUUCAUUUUCCAGGGAAAUAACGACCCCCAUUUUUGGUAGGUCAGUCAUCCUCAGUAUGCAUUUUGGACCCAACAAUGUCCGAACAUGUCAAUGAAAUUUCUUGACAUUUGAAUAACAGAAGAUACCGAUUCAUCGGUUCAAAAAUUUUUGCUUCUGGGAUAUCGCAGAAAAGAAAUGUGGACAUGCAAGUGAGCAGUGUCCUGUAAUCUGCUAGACUGUUUUGGA